AGCACAAGAAACGACACGCAUGUCACUCUCUCUCUCUUCAUUUCAUUUGACUCUGUUCCACUCCCUCACUAAAUCGCUCUAUAAAUAUAAGAGCCUCCCCAUGAUUUUCAUGCAUCAAUCAAACCCGUACACCCACAUGCAAGAAUCCCUCUUUAAAGUCCUCAUUUUCUCACAAUUUAGCAAAGAAGUUUAAUGGAAAAUGAAGGGAACGCAGGAACCGCAAGCAGUUCAAGGUGGAACCCAACGAAAGAGCAGAUAACGCUGCUUGAGAAUCUUUACAAGCAAGGGAUACGAACGCCGAGCGCCGAUCAGAUACAGCAGAUCACCGGUAGGCUCCGCGCAUACGGCCAUAUCGAGGGUAAAAAUGUCUUUUACUGGUUUCAGAACCAUAAGGCUAGACAACGCCAAAAGCAGAAACAGGAGCGCAUCGCUUACUUCAAUCGUCUCCUCCACAAAACCUCCCGUUUCUUCCACCCUCCUCCUUGCUCAAACGUGGGCUGUGUUAGUCCGUACUACUUACAGCAAGUAAGUGAUCACCACAAUCGACAUGGAAGUGUAUACAGACAGGAUCUUAUUCACAGUAACAAUGUGAUGAUUCCAAGUGGUGGCUACGAGAAACGCACAAUCACAGAUCAUAAGAAACAACUUUCAGACAUAACAACAACGGCAACUAGAAUGUCAAUGUCUUCGAGUUCACUCAGAUUUGACCGGUUUGCCCUUCAUGAUAACGGUUAUCAUGGCGAGGGCAUUACCGUCAAUUCUCAUGGACGGAAAACGCUUCCUCUUUUUCCACUUCAACCAUUGGAUGCCACUAAUGCAGAUGGUGUUGGAAAUUCCAGUUGUGCCCCUGAUCAUGAUUCUCCGGUGGCUUUUUUAAGCGAUGGCGGCGGACGAGAGCAGCCGUUUAUUGAUUUCUUCUCUAGUGGUUCUGGUAGGUUCGAUAAAAGAGGAAAUGGGUUGUAACGAAGGGUUUUAAUGAAAAUAAACAUUUUCUUUCAAUC